GUGGCGGUGAUGACGACGACGAUGACGAUGAUGGUGGUGAUGAUGUUGAUGAUGGUGAUGGAUGGUGGCGGUGAUGAUGACGAUGACGACGAUGAAGAUGACGAUGAUGAUGGUGAUGGUGGUGAUGAUGUUGGUGAUUGUGGCGGUCAUGAUGACGACGACGAUGUGGAAGCUCUUUUUGGCAGCUCCCCGUGCAGGGAUGCCCAGGCCCCCGCGCAAAGUUCGCGGGAGGACUUGGAGAUGCUGCGGCAAGUGGCUUGGGAGGCAGAAAACCGGGCGCGGCAGCAGGAGGCCGCCAUACAGGCGGAGCGCGACGAGGUCAGGGCGGAACUGGAGGAGUUACGCGAACAGGUGCAGCAAUGCCAAGAGCUGCGGGAGGAGAAUGCGGAGUUGCGUCAGAUGCUGGGGAAACUUCACUCAGAGCUUCUCCUGCAAACUGAGCAGCAAGAACUGAAAUCCGGGCAGCUGCAAGCCAGCCGCCUGGCCGGCAGCGAAGUGGCAGAGAGGCUGCUGGAGUUCGUUGGCCGCUCCAGCGCCAGCCGCCUGGAGGAGGUGAGACAGUGCUUCCUGCGGUGGCACCUUCGAACAGCGAAGCACUCGGCGCAAAUUGCGGAGAGGGCCAGGCUUCGCAUGGAACACAUGGGUCGGAUGGAGAAACUGAUGAAUCGACGUUCUCCGGGUUGCGCUGAAAGCUUCAGGGCUUGGGCCCAGUACAAAGAUGAGAAGAAACAUCGAUCCAGUGGCCUGGUCACCAGUAAUUCAAGAAUUCAGGUCUUCAGAUAUUUUUCAGCCUGGAGAGGUUUGUGCAUCUCAAUGUCAUAUUUGCAGCAGUUGAGAUGGUGUGAGCCGUCAUCUGUUUGCACUCCCGAAUUCGCCUCGGCCGUUUGGCAAGAGUUGAGUUCCCCUCGGGUGUAUCGAUCUUUUCUGCUGCCGCAGGAGGGGUCAAACUUCCACCUCAAUGUCCCCCACACAGGUUGA